UUUUCUUUUUUCUAUUUUUUUUUUUUGAUUUUUCCUCCCCCUUUUCCACCCCGCCACCCACCGUCAAAGUGGGGUGGGCGUAAAGUGGGUGGGUGGGGGGGAAAAGAGGCAGCGAUCUCCGUGGCGGGGACUGAGCAUGGAAGAGCCGCCGGAGGGGCACGGCCACCGAGACGCGGCGCCCGGCCCGGCGAGCAGCGGCAGCGGCAGCGAUGGCGAGAGCGUGCCCGUGUCCCCCAGCCCCGCGCCCGCCUCCCCCGCCGCGCCCUGCCCCCUGCCCCUGCCCCGCCGCCGCCACCCGCCGCCACCACCGCCGCCGCCCCCGCCGCCGCCGCCCCACCGCACCACCAACUUUUUCAUCGACAACAUCCUGAGGCCGGACUUCGGCUGCAAGAAGGAGCCGCCCGCGCCGGCCGGCGGCGGAGGAGGAGGAGGCAGCCGGGAGCGGGACGGAGACCGGGGGCAGAGCUCAGGUAGAGAAAACGUCAACCCGCUGCUGGCCCGGCCGCCCAACCCGCCCGCCCUUCUCUGCCCGGACUCGAACUGCCGUCCCGACGGCUCCGCGCCGCCGCCGCCGCCCGCCGCCGCCGCCAAAGCCAGUCCCGCCGCGGCGGCAGCGGCGGCGGCGUCGGGGGCGGCCAAGCCCCCCACCGACGGGGGCGAGACUCACCCGGCGAAGUACGGGGAGCACGGCAGCCCCGCCAUCCUCCUCAUGGGCUCUAAUAAUGGAGGACCUGUUAUAAAGCCCGACUCGCAACAGCCGCUGGUGUGGCCUGCCUGGGUCUACUGCACUAGGUAUUCAGACAGACCGUCCUCGGGCCCCCGCACUAGGAAGCUGAAGAAGAAGAAGACGGAGAAGGAGGACAAGCGGCCGCGGACGGCGUUCACGGCCGAGCAGCUGCAGCGGCUGAAGGCGGAGUUCCAGGCGAACCGGUACAUCACGGAGCAGCGGCGGCAGAGCCUGGCCCAGGAGCUCAGCCUCAACGAGUCCCAGAUCAAGAUCUGGUUCCAGAACAAACGGGCCAAAAUCAAGAAGGCGACGGGCAUUAAGAACGGGCUGGCGCUGCACCUCAUGGCCCAGGGACUCUACAACCACUCCACCACCACGGUGCAGGACAAAGAGGAGAGCGAGUGAGGCGGGCGGCCCCAGCCCAGCCCUGCGCCGCGGCGCCGGCCCGCCGGCCGGGAGGCGGACAGGUGCGAUUUAAAAGCAGAUCUAUUGUCUAUCCAUAGUAUAAGGACUCCGAUUAAGAAAAAAAAAAAAAUAUGAACACUUAAGAAAAAUUAUCUCUAUAUAGCCAAACAGCAUAUGACCUUGUAUAUAUUUAAUUUCAGGUAAGAAAUAUGUGUAGCGAUCUCUAUUUGCUGGACAGUUUCUCUCCUCCCUUCUCUCUGUUUCUCCUUUCUUUUGUUCGUUUGUUUUGUUUGCUUUCCUUUUUUUUUCUUCCCCCCCCUCCCCAUGUUCGUUGCUCCUGUUUUACAGUAAAUGUCGGACUUUUCUCAUCUGUUGUUUGCUCUUGUGUUUUGUUUUUGUUUUUUUUUUUUUUUUGUGUGUGU